CUCGCGUUGUUUUUCAUCGCUUUGAAAGGAGAGACUAGUCCACCAAGGUGAGCGCUGCUUGCUGGGACGCGACUCUCGAACACGCACGUGAGAAAAUAAGGCUCGUUGCAUGCACGCCUUCGAGAACAACACUUUGGAGAGAGAAUAAUCGACCGGUCCGGCAAAAUCAGAAGGGCAGCGCGAGAGCCGACCACGUUCCCUCGGCGCGCAGGAGGACAAAGCUGCUUCAACCAGGAACAGAGAGAGCUUGGCGCAGAGGCUGCAUCGCAGUGAUGGAAUCGGCGAAUGGGGCGAAGGAAGCUGUAUAAAAGAGGGUUCUGCAAUGCGACAAUUCUUCUCUUUUCGAGAUGCAAAGGCUCCUGAUGGCAUCCUCGCCCAACCCCCUCUCGCCGGCAUACGUGCCUCCGAGCUUGAGCUGGUACUGCAACGCAGCGCACAUCACGCCCUCGGUCUACACCCUCCCGCCUCAGGCCGAGAAUGGCCAGGCCAAGCUCGUGAACCUCAUCUACGUGCAGCGCCACCAGAAGAGGACGCCGGACAACCUGGUGCCCAACAACGAGAAUGUCUUCAACCCGCCGGCCGGGUGGGACUGUCGUGACAUCGACUUCCACUCCUACGCCACGGGCAAGGGCGUCGGUGCUGCCAACGUCGUCGAGGAGUUCGAAAUUGAUUCGUGGAACCCUUUUCUCGCCCGCAUCUGGAAUGGAACCUGCGAUGCGGGCCAGCUGACGGCAGGCGGCUUGAAAGACUCCCAGGCGCACGGCAAAGACUUUUGGGGCAUCUACGGACCAGCAGGCAAGGCACACUUCCUCGGCCCGGCUCCGACGGAAGAGCAAGUCUACGUGCGCACUAGCCCCGAGCCACGCACGAUGCAGGUGGCCGGUGCCUGGCUCGACGGCGCGGGCUAUCAGGACGGCCGGCAAUUCACCGUGCAUGUGAUGCCGAGCGAAAUUGACAACAUCGUACCCAGCUACAGCUGCUCCUACGCCGACAGCCUCCGCAGCCAGAUCGAGUCCGAACAGCCGUGGAAGGAGCAUCUGGCGAGCAAACAGAGCCUCUUCGACGACGUCAAUGCCGUCCUGGGCACGGGCCAAGACGGGGGUUGGAACAGCUGGAUCGACCACGCCUUUGAUUUUCUGUCCUCGCGCCAAUGUCACGACCACCCUUUGCCGACGAACCCAGCCAACGGAAAGAGCAUCUCGCAGAAGACGGCCGAUGACGUCUACGCCGAGGGCAACUGGGAGUACAACUACAUCUGGAACAAUGCGACCAAUGCAGACGAAUACGUCAAGUACCAAUUCGGCGGCUUCGUCCAAGAGCUCGUGCGCAACCUCGACAGCAUCCGGUCCGGCCACGCUGCACCGAAGCUCAUGGCUUACUUUGGCCACGAUGGGACUAUGGUGCGCCUCUUCAAGACGCUGGCACAGGCCGGCAACAUUCUCUGGCCUGGACUUGGGAGCGAGGUCGUAUUUGAAGUCUGGCAGGACAAGGCCGGCAGCAAGUUCAUGCGCAUCUUGGCAUACGGAAAGGUCCUCUCGUCCAAUGCAAAGGGUCUCACGACCAAGGAUGGGCCCGCCGAUGCGGCGUGGACACCUCUCGAAGACGUGAUCCAGUAUCUCGAGGGCCGUGUGCCCAGUGACCUGUUUGAGAAGUGCUCACAGUGACCCGGACAGAUGGUCUUCGAUGCAAUGGAAUGGACUAUUUUUCUUUUCAGGGGUGCGACGAGAGAGAGGAA